AUGACACGACAAACAAAUCCGACUCUUCCAGCAGUGUGUAUAGCAGAUGCACCUCCUAAAGCUACUCAAAGUCCAUUACAACAAACCAAAACUAAUGAAUUCAUUCCUCCACCAAGGUUCAUCGUCGAGGACCAUCCUGAAGCUUACAAUAAUCGAUAUGAAAUGGAAAGUGAGUCUGAAAAUGAAAAUGAAGAUGAGGAGAAUCAGACUUACACUACCUAUCCAGCUGGAGAGUCUUUGAUUAACCCAUCACCACAACAUAUCCCACAACAAACUAAUAAUACAGUUACUUCGCCUAUUAUCAUCGGGAUACAAAAAAACGGUUACUACGACGACGGAGAUCCAGGUUGGAAUUGUACGUUUUGUCAAGCAUAUAUGUGGUAUGGUGAAAGAAUUGGAAAACGCCGGCGUAGUUCCAAUCCUGUCUUCACAAUGUGUUGUAAACGUGGUAAAGUUGUACUUCCUUGGCUCGCGAAUCCUCAAAUGGAGUUAAUGACUUUGUUAUGCAAAGGAGACGAGUUAAGCAAACAUUAUCGAGAGUUCAUACGAGCUUACAAUAUAAUGUUCUCUUUCACAUCUCUUGGGGGAAAGAUAGAUCAUUCUAUUAACAAUGGUCGUGGACCAUUUGUUUUCCAAAUGUCCGGUGAGAACUAUCAUCGCAGUGGUGAUAUAGUUCCCGAGCCUGGACAAGCUCCGAAAUUUUCCCAGCUCUAUAUCAUUGAUACUUUAAAUGAGAUCAAAAAUAGACUUGAUGCUUAUGCCGGGUCUGACAGAGCUGCUGCUAAGAAACUAAGAGAACCACUUGUUCUUCUUCUGAAGAAUAUGUUAGAUCAGUGUAACCCUCAUGUCAAGGCUUUUAGGUCUGCAAGAGAAAGAUUCGACGUGGAAGGAUCAACAGGUUAUAGGAUGAGAUUGAUUGAAAGUCGACAAUCUGAUGGACGGACCCAUAAUCUGCCGACUGCAAAUGAAGUGGCUGCUUUGAUACCUGGAGAUUUUGUUUUAAAUAUGGAGACACGAGAUAUUGUUCUAGAGAGUACAAGUGGAAAGUUGCAAAGGAUAAGUGAAUUACAUCCGGCGUAUUUGCCUCUGCAAUAUCCACUAUUGUUUCCAUUUGGAGAGGAUGGCUUUCGAUUAAAUAUUCCUAUUGGUUUUGAAGACAGCACUGCGAGAAAACGCAAGAAUGUAACUAUGCGUGAGUACUUUGCAUUUCGGAUUUUAGAGAGGAGGUGGGAAGCACCUACAAUUACAAGAUCAGGCAGAUUGUUUCAUCAGUUCCUUGUGGACGCUUACACAAUGAUAGAAUCAAGUAGACUGCGUUACUUAUGGAUGAAUCAGAAAAAGCUUCGGUCAAGUAGUUACGCUGCAAUCCAGAAAGCAGCUACAAGAGCUGGAGCUAAGAUGGCUGAGCAAGGGACCCGAAUUUUCAUUCCAGCAACUUUCAACGGGGGAAAAAGGUAUAUGAAGCAGCACUACUAUGAUGCCAUGGCUCUGUGCAAAUACCAUGGAUUUCCCGAUAUUUUCAUCACUUUUACGUGCAAUCCAAAAUGGCCUGAAGUUAAAAGGAAUCUGCAAAAAUAUAACCUGACCACCGAAGACAGAGCAGAAAUAUUGUAUAGAGUUUUCAAGAUGAAACUCGAUAAUCUUAUCGGCGAGUUGACUAAAAAGAACGGCUCCUUAUUUGGGCAUGUUGCUGCAGCCGAUGAUAUAGAUAAGAUUAUUUCCGCUGAAAUACCAGACAAGACAGUAGAUCCAGACCUGUAUGUAAUCGUUGGGGAUUGUAUGAUGCAUGGUCCUUGCGGUGCAGCAAAGAAGGAUAAUGUAUGUAUGGUUAACGGUAAAUGUUCUAAGAUGUUUCCGAAACCUCUCAACAUCAGGACAUCGAUUGACGCAAAUGGAUUUCCAGUUUACAUGCGUCGGAUUGAUGGUAGGUUCAUUGAGAAAAAUGGAAUCAGAUUAGACAAUGAAUUUGUUGUACCAUACAACAGAGACCUCAUGCUUCGUUAUCGCGCGCAUAUGAAUGUCGAGUGGUGCGUCCAAACACGAGCUGUUAAGUAUCUUUUCAAAUAUAUCCAUAAGGGACCUGAUUAUGCCUCAGCUGCAAUGGAUAAAGAAGAUGAAGAUGGCGUCAUUGACGAAAUCAAAACAUAUUACGACUGCAGGUACGAGAGAAUGGGUACCACGGAAACGAGGCUUUGCGAUAGGGAGGAUUGCGCAUAUUCAGCCAUCAGAGGGCCGACAUCAUACGAGGAUAUAAGAACAGUUGAUGGUGUUUUAUAUCCUACAUACGAAGAUGCUUGCUAUGCGUUGGGAUUGAUGGAUGAUGACAAAGAAUUCAUAGAAGCUAUCAAAGAUGCCAGUGAUUGUAGUUCUGCCACCCUCAUGUUGUGUGGGAAGCUACUUGGGAGUAUCUUACCGACGAUAUUCUUUACAAGAAGCGGCGAGAAAAUGGACAACCUGGUGAGUUUUGUCUAG